UUAAACUUGCAGAAGAACAAAGUAGAGCUCUCUGUGUGCGCUCUUGCGGAUGGGGAGCUCCCCCAGCCUUCUUCUUCUUCUUCUUCUUCUUCUUCUCUUCCUCCUGUCUGCUUCACUUGGUGGUGGGGCAGUUCUCCGUCUCGGUUUUCACUCUUGAUUAUAAAGGAGGAGUUUGCAGCACAGAGGCGCUUAUACCCCAACUGGCCUGAAUAAAGUCUGGCAGAGACAGUGUGAUCCGGGACAGUAGACUGACCUCACAUAGUGACUGAUUUGGGGGUAAAAAGGACGAGCUGAUAAAGAAAACCUUGGCAACAUGGCUGUGGCGGGCUGCACGAAGUGUAUUAAAUACAUGUUAUUUUUCUUUAAUUUUAUUUUCUGGCUGGCCGGAGGUGUGAUAUUAGGAGUGGCCCUUUGGCUCCGCCAUGACAGUCAAACCAGCAACCUCCUCAUACUCCAGUUUGAUGGCCAACAGGCGCCAGGCACCUUCUACAUCAGUGUGUACAUACUGAUAGCUGUCGGGGCUGUGAUGAUGCUCGUGGGCUUCCUCGGGUGUUACGGUGCCAUUCAAGAAUCUCAGUGCCUGUUGGGAACAUUCUUCUUCUUUUUGGUGAUCCUCUUUGCUUGUGAAGUGGCUGCAGCGAUGUGGGGUUUCAUGAACAGGGACACAAUCUCCAAGGAACUGAUCAACUUCUAUGACUCCGCGUACAUCAAAGCUGUGGACGUCUCAGGGUCUCCCAGUAAAGACUCUGCCAUCAAGGUGCUGGACGUUUUCCACUCUACGCUCGACUGCUGUGGCAAAGGAGACGACACCGCUCUCUUCAAACAAGUCGUUGGCACCUUGUGUCCCAGAAAGUCUCCAGAAGAUUUUCUGAAAUCUCAGAGCUGUCACGACAAACUGAUCGAGCUGUUCUCGGAGAAGCUGUACCUGAUUGGUCUGGCUGCCUUGGUGGUUGCUGUCAUCAUGAUCUUUGAGAUGAUCUUCACCAUGGUGCUCUGCUGCGGGAUCCGUAACAGCCCUGGAGCAUACUAAGAGUCCAGCCGACAAGCAGCAUCAGCCUUUAAUGGGAUUAUUUUAUUAUGUGUUUCUAUGCAUCUGCUCCUCUUCGGUAUGACUAUUACAUGACAAGAUGGAUAUCUCUCUUUUGAUUUUAGAUUAGAAAGUUCUUUUAAAUAAUGCUAAUCCAUCAGCACUCAUCUCUCUUACACAAUAAUUAAGCUUCUCUCAAUCAGACUUUUUUUUAUUUAUCACUCUUAAUAUGAAUCUUUUAUACAAACAGUAUGUUGUGAAAUAUUUCUCUGAGGUCUUAAUGCUGUUUUUAUGGAUGUAUAAAUUGUAUAUAUUCUUGUCAUAUAUUAAUAACAGUUAGGAGAGUGCAUGUAUUCCCUGACUGGUUGUUUGUGACGCAUGUGUCACUGCAGUGUUACAGUGUUAUAAUAUAAUUUAAGCAGCAGGGUGUCAGUGGUCUGAGGUAGUGUUCUGUCUCACUCUAAUGAUCAUCAGGAUGAUGAGUCGGCCUGUGUGGUUUUUUUUAAUAGUCGACUGUGUGUCUCUUCUUUGAGCCUAAUGAACCAUCUUCAUGCUGUCUUUUCUUUAAUAACUUGUGAAUCGCCAGGCCUUAAAUGAACAGUUGUGACUUUUUACUCCAUCUGUUUUAAUAAUGCUAAUAAAUUAUGUCACCUUCCUUUUA